AGCCACAGCGCAUUCAGUGUAGGGAGAAGCAGGGACUCACUAUGAGGGGGAACUUUGUUACUAUGAAACUUAGGAAUAUUUGCAAAAUAUUGUAAAAAUUAUCAAAAUCCCUCGUGAAUCAAUAACCUGCCCCUAGGGUUUGAGGUUUUUAGUUUAGUUUGCCCGGAAAGGGCUUCAACACUCACUAUUCUUACACUUUUUUGAAAGAAUGUGUGAGACAGACAGUUAGCCAGCUAGCUAGCUAGCUGAGAGGUGAUACAGGCGGCAGGAGAACAAAAGAUUUUUUUGCGUUUUGGCCGGUUGUACUGACACCAAGUCCAUGCAGAACGUGUCAUUACCAUCACAAUGCCCGUUUUACUUUUUCUGAUAGACACGUCCGCUUCAAUGAACCAGCGCACCCAUCUGGGCACUACCUAUCUGGACAUAGCAAAAGGCGCUGUUGAGACUUUUAUGAAGCUCAGAGGGAGAGAUCCGGCGAGCCGAGGGGACCGGUAUAUGUUGGUAAAUUUUGAAGACGUUCCGUUUGGGAUAAAGGCUGGAUGGAAAGAGAGCCAUGCCACAUUCAUGACAGAGUUGAGGAACCUCCAAGCAAACGGACUCACAGCUAUUGGCCAGUCCUUGAGGACCGCUUUUGAUUUACUCAAUCUCAAUAGAUUAGUGACUGGGAUAGACAACUAUGGACAGGGAAGGAAUCCCUUUUUCCUUGAACCGUCCAUCAUAAUCGCCAUCAGUGACGGCAACAAGUUGACCAGCAGUGGCGGAGUCCAAGAUGAGCUCCAUCUGCCUCUGACCACUCCGCUGCCUGGUAGCGAGUUGACCAAGGAGCCCUUCCGCUGGGACCAGCGUCUGUUUGCUCUGGUGCUACGCAUCCCCGGCAACGCUUCGGUGGAGCCCGAACCCCUCGGUGGCGUCCCACCUGACGAUUCUCCAAUCACCCCCAUGUGUGAGGUCACUGGAGGACGUUCCUACAGCGUUUUCUCUCAGCGUAUGUUGAAUCAGUGUCUGGAGUCUCUGGUGCAGAAAAUCCAGAGUGGAGUGGUGAUAAACUUUGAGAAGACUGGGCCCGACCCUCCUCCUUUAGAGGACGCUCCAGCUGAGGCGUUGAAGUCCGGUCCACAGCCUUGGCAUUGUUGUCACAAGCUGAUCUAUGUACGACCCAACCCUAAAACUGGUGUCCCCAUUGGUCACUGGCCCAUCCCUGAGGCCUUCUGGCCAGACCAGAACUCCCCUACACUGCCCCCCCGCUCAGCCCACCCCCACGUUCGCUUCUCCUGUCUGGACGCAGAGCCCAUGGUGAUAGACAAGGUCCCCUUCGACAAGUAUGAGCUGGAGCCUUCGCCUCUAACGCAGUACAUUUUGGAGAGGAAGUCCCCGCACACCUGCUGGCAGGUGUUUGUAUGUAAUAGUGCCAAGUAUAGUGACCUGGGCCAACCCUUUGGCUACUUAAAGGCCAGCACAGCUCUGAACUGUGUCAACCUGUUUGUGAUGCCCUACAACUACCCCGUGCUUCUGCCACUUCUGGAUGACUUGAUAAAAGUGCACAAGUUCAAGCCUACCAUCAAAUGGCGGCAGUCCUUUGAGAACUACCUGAAGACCAUGCCUCCAUAUUAUAUUGGGUCCCUGAGGAAGGCUCUGAGAAUCAUGGGAGCACCAAACUUGCUGGCCGACAACAUGGAGUAUGGCCUGAGCUACAGCGUGGUCUCCUACCUGAAGAAGCUCAGCCAACAGUCAAAAAUAGAGUACGACCGCCUGAUUGCCUUGAUUGGUAAGAAGCCGCCACCAGAGGCUGGCACCAAGGUGCGUUGGCGGGGUGGAGGUAUAUCUCUGGCCCAGCGCAGGGACUUCAUCCAGCAGCUGCAGAGUCUCACAGGAGAGGCUCCCACUCUGCCUAUGGAGCUCAACACCAAAGAGUUCCAGGGCUUUCACCUGGCACUGCUCAACAAGGGCCUGAAACCACAGAGCUUUAGGAAUCCCUACGACAUCCCCCGCAGCCACCUGCUGGACCAGCUCAGCCGAAUGAGGAGGAACCUGCUCAACACCAGCGUCUGUAGUCUCAGAGGGCAGGACUCAGACCAGCUCCACAGCGUGCCAAUAGCCCAGAUGGGCAACUACCAAGACUUCCUCAAAGCUGCUCCUCAGCCUCUUCGAGAUGCAGACCCUGAGCAGCCCAAACGUCUGCACACAUUCGGUAACCCCUUCAAACUAGACAAGAAGGGCAUGAUGAUCGACGAGGCAGAUGAGUUUGUCACUGGCCCUCAGAACAAGGGGAAGAGACCAGGAGACAGCAACAACAUGUCGGGCGGAGGGCCCAAGAGACGUCGCUGCAUGUCACCUCUGCUGCGUCUGGGCAGGGCCUACACCCCUCCAGUAACACCCCCUGCCAGCCCUCGACCAACAGCAGACAUGGACAUGAAUGAUGGAGCACCUGAACCGGACCUGAUCAUCAACCACCUGAAUCAGAACCACUAUGGCUCAGACGGGAGCUCGGACUCGGAGGGGGAUCAUCCUUCGGGGCCUGCCGACUACCAAGAGAACCACACUGCCAUGGACCCCCAGGACUUCCAGCACGGGGACGAGGAGGAGAACGGACGACCGCAGGCAGGCGAGCUGCCGCUGGGCAGCGAGGGAGGAUUGGAGAUGGUGCUGGUGGAGGACCAGCCCCCUCGCUACUUGUCACCUGCAGCUCUGAAGAAGCACAUUCACACCGAGACGACAAAGGUCAACAAUGAGCUGAGGUCGCUCAUCAACAAGGAGAUCAGAAAACCUGGCAGACACUACGAGAAGAUCUUUCUCCUCCUGAAGCAGAUCCAGGGCACUCUGGACACCCGACUCAUCUUCCUCCAAAACAUUAUCAAAGAGGCGGCCAGGUUCAAGAAGCGCGUUCUCAUCGAGCAGCUUGAAAACUUCCUCGAAGAGAUCCACAACAGAUCCAAUAACAUGAACCACGUGGACACUCUCUGAGACCGGCUCAUUCCCAAACUGAACUUACUGAUAAUGAACCCGACAACCCUCCACAUCCUUCCAAAAAACACCCCUCCUGUACUGGGGCCCCCACAGAGAUGAGACAGCAUCCAGCUCUCGAAUUAUCACCUCUUCAGUGGACGCUCAUCAUUAUCUCAACAUUAUUGUUGGUUUGCACACAGUAUAAACUAAAGGCAGUGUUGACCCUGGAUGAUGCGAGUGCAUUUUACAGAUAUCCAAAAGGGGGAGCGAGGAAGCAUUUUAUUGCUACAGGGGAAGUGUUUGCCUGUAGACAUUUGUGCACAGUUGUUUUCCGUUUCUGUGAACCCGUCCUGAGGCAUUCCCCUUGAUUAUUCUCCUCCCCUGAUUAGAUUUUCUUCUUUUUAAAUGACAAACGAGAGUGAAAAAAACUCUCAAACGAGGAGGUGGAGUAAACAAGCGAGUGCAGGACUUUUCUGGAGAGGAACAGAUAGCGGCCUGCACUUGGAUGUAAUGUUCAGUCAUGUUUUAUAUGGAAUGAUGUGACGUACAGACAGUGUAGGAAGGGUUCUGGUUGUGUGUGGUUGUGUGUGCGUUUUCAGCCAACUCAGGGUCACACAGGAUCCAGUGGAGAUGCUCAUGAAACACUUUUCUUCCCUCAUGUCUUUCAUUAACUUUUCCCUUCUUUUUAGAUCUUCUACUUUUAGGGCGUUUUGCUUUGUGUGAGAGUCUGUCGUUCUGGUUGACUGUUGAAAUUUACUUUCUACACUCCACUAACUGAAGCACUCCACUGCUGCGCUCUUAAAUGGAUAUGACUUGGCUCAAGUAUUGAAUUUGUCUACUUGUGGUUCAUUUCAAAUCUUGAAUUUGUCAACUUGUGGUUUACCUACCAGACUAACAAUUAAUAUUACUGAGUAGUAACUUAAGAAUGAAUAAUUUUUGUGUCCCCUUGGGGGGGGAAAAAAAACUGAUCCACAGUUUUCAUUACGCCAGGAGAAAGUCUGUCUUUUGCAUUUCAGGUUUUCAGAGAGAUCAACAACAAAAUCUUUUUGAAUGAUGCAACAUCAUUGGUUACAAAUGUUGAAAUACAGGGACAAAAAGCUCAGGAACUAACAAUAAUGCAUCAUAAUCAGCAAUAACGUUGGAGAUACUUUUACCCCCCAUUUUUAUCUUUAUUUUAGCCUGAAACAGCUGAUAUGCAACACAAACUGUUGUCCCCUGGAUUGUUGAUGAACCGAGGUCUCGGAUGCCAGCUUGUCUCAACGUGCUGGUCGCUGCCAAAUAACUUAACCCGCCCCCUAAACUCCUCCCCGCCAUGAAUCUCAAACCAACUUCUUGUCACUUAACCGUGAAUGCACUUGUGUAAAUUUGAGAAUGUUUGUUUAUUUAAUGUAAUUUAAAAGUAUAACUACCUUUUUGUUGCAGAAGUUUUUUUGUUUUUUUCAACAGUCCUCAUUUUUUUUGUCAGGCCUGUUCAAUUUUCUCAAAUAUACACAAAUAAUCUGAAUUAAGGUCUAGAGGUCAAGAGUUGAUUUCUGAUUCAGAGGGCAGCCCUCUUCUGUUCCCUCCCUCCUUGGACAGGGACCAAAAUCUGCCAUACUUGUCUUUGUUUGUGAAGAGGCCGCUACCAAAAGAGUAUUUUGAAUACACUGUAAAGAUGUAAAUAACCCUAGAGUACUAUUUAAAGAGAAUGUUCAGUGGAAAAUGGCCUUUUUGUAAGUAUUUCCAUGAAUAAAGUUUCUAUUUUACACUGUGAAGGGCCAUGUAAAUAAAGUGUUCUGUAAAGAUGUGA